AAUGCAUUUUGCAAUAGUUUUCUAUAAAAACCAUAGAAUCUAAGCGUAAACCACCAUACUUCCAAAAAUCUGAAGCAGUGAAGUAAAAAUGAAGUCAACUUUUUUGUUUUUCUUCGUGUUUUUGGUUUCCUCUUCUUUGGGAAAUCCGUCUGAUCAUGCUUUGCUGGUGCGAAACAGACGUGAGGUUGAUUUCAUUGGUAAUACACAAUUACUUGUCAAGGAAUUAAUCCAAAACCUGGAGAAUGCUGCCCAAGAAGCUAUAGAUGCUACGAAAAAGUUUAACGAUGGUCUCCAAGAGCAAGCGAAAUUGUUUGCAGAAAAAGUUAUGGACGACUUGAUGAGUCUAAGAGAACGAGUCAACAAUAUGAUUAAGAGCAUCACUGAUAGAUUCACCGGCGCUGGAGCUGCUGUCAGAACUUGCGUAGAGUCAUUCAAAAAAGAAGUCGACGUUAUUUUUGUCGAAACUGCUGAAAAAUCUAAAAGCUGUGCCGAUGAAAGAAUCCAGGAAAUCGGAGAGAUGAUAGAGAACUUAAAAGAACUGUCAUCGAACGCUACUAGCUUUGCAAGCAAUGCUGUGGAUGAAUUGAAAAACUGCAGGGGAAUCAGUACAGGCUUCUUGGCUACGGGGUCAUGCUUCGGAGGCGUAGCUGUCAGAACUGAAUUUCAGGGAGCUGUAUUCUUAACACUAAGUGGUUUAUUGAUCUCUCGUAUCAACUUGGCUAUAGCAACUUUACCCGCAGCGCUCGAAGUUUGUGCGGGGACCCGCCUUGUUGCAGCUGGAAUAAGCUCCGCGAAAUUUGUGGUAGAUAUUGGCACCUGCUCGGCUUCCUCAGUGUAUUCUACACUUGCAGGAAAUGAGUUGUCUCCAUAAUGUGGACCUCUUAUUCAGCGUAA